AUGAGCGGGUCGAACCCGAAGGCGGCGGGCGCGGGGUCGACGGCUGGGCCGCGGGGGCUGCUGGCUGGCAAGGAGGAGAAGAAGAAGGCGGGCGGCGGCGUCCUGAACCGGCUCAAGGCGCGGCGGCAGGCGCCCCACCACGCGGCUGACGACGGCCUCGGGGCAGCGGUCACGGAGCAGGAGCUGCUGGCUCUGGACGCCAUCCGGCCCGAGCACGUCCUGCGCCUCAGCCGGGUCACCGAGAAUUAUUUAUGUAAACCCGAAGACAACAUCUACAGUAUUGAUUUCACCCGCUUCAAAAUUCGCGAUUUGGAGACAGGGACAGUGCUUUUUGAGAUUGCCAAACCUUGUGUUUCAGACCAGGAGGAGGAGGAGGAGGAAGGCGGAGAUGCGGAUGUCAGCGCGGGACGUUUUGUCCGGUAUCAGUUCACACCAGCAUUUCUCCGCCUCCGGACAGUCGGGGCUACGGUGGAGUUCACCGUGGGAGACAAACCUGUGUCAAACUUCCGGAUGAUCGAACGGCACUAUUUCCGAGAGCGCUUGCUGAAAAAUUUUGACUUUGAUUUCGGCUUCUGCAUCCCCAGCAGCAGGAACACUUGUGAACAUAUCUAUGAGUUUCCGCAGCUUUCUGAGGAUGUCAUUCGUCUGAUGAUUGAAAAUCCCUACGAGACCCGUUCUGACAGCUUCUACUUUGUUGACAACAAGCUGAUAAUGCACAACAAGGCUGAUUAUGCCUAUAACGGAGGCCAGUAACUGCUGUGGGACUGGACAGGGGAGGUGCUUUGCUGCGGCCCAUGGUCCUGGCACAUGGAAGUGGUUAAAGCUGCUGUAUGUCACACACCUGGAACCUGGCCCCAGGAAGCCAAGGCCAGGUGGCAGUUCCCUGUGCUCCAAGAGAGGUGCCAAGUAGUGCUGUUUCCUUCCCCAGUAUUUUUUCUUUCCUUUUUUCCCCUGCCUCUUAGGUCACAGCAGUACUAUAUAGUAAAGUAAAAGAUUAGGAUAAGAUUUCUCAAAUCCAGAUAAAAAAGAAAGUUAUUUUCAUGUAGUCAUAGCUGCCUACUGGUUGUCCUGACGAGUCUGGGUCUCUGGCAGAGCUGUGCCCGGGUGAGGAGGCUCUGGCUGGCAUGCCUGCAGGUUAGAGCUCUUCUAUAGGUUCCUGGGUGCUAUGGGAAGCUGCAAGGUCAGCCUCUUCCAGGCAUCUGCUCUUAUUUCCGGUGUUGCCAUCAGCACAUUCUGACCUCAGCCUGUGCAUAGUUGUAAACCAAAUGGAAAGAAACUUGAAAGGGGAUGGAGGGGAGGAGUGGUGCCAAAAGGUAAGGCACUGGGGCUGGGUAAGGCUCCACACUGAAAGGUCCAUUUUAGGGCGAGGCCUGCUUCUCUGUUUGACUUGCACGAUCCCCAGCCAGUCCCCGCGGGGAUUCAGCAAGGUUUCAUCCAGGCAGUGCCUUCCUGUUAUUAUUCUGGAGGAAAGAGGAGCUAACUGCUUCUCCUGCUCCUAAUUUUUGAGUAUCUUCUGAAACAGAAUGUGUUGGUUUUGUUGGAAUAGUCAUCUCUCGAGGCCAGAGCAGGCCGCAUUGUGUGUUUUUUCCAGGCUUCUUUUUGGGAGGUUUUAUAAAAUGUCAGUGGUGUUCCCAGCAUAUGUGAUGUGCAGUUAGACUUAUAGCAUAGUUCAGGCUCUUGGCGCGGAUCUGGCUCACGUUGGGGCUGGUAUAGCUACGAACCAGCAGCUGCUUAAAGGAGGCAUUGAAUUUUCUCUUCACAGCAUAGCCUGGAAGAUUGGCUUUUGAUGGAAUUUGCCUCUAAAACUCUGUGUAGAUUUCUUAUUUAGGAGGAUUUUUCUAUCUGCCUUUCUACUGAAGUAGUUUCUGGAACCAUCCUGGCAAGUUAGAUCUAAGUAAUGCAUAUCUAAUCCUUCAAACUGCUAGUUGGAAUCUUUUUGGGUGUGAGACCCCUUAGCCUGUUUCACCCGUUCCAGAGAGAUGUGUUUUCAGAAAAACUUCUUGCACAUCCUGCUACUUUUAUCCUUAGGCCUUUAUUGGGUAGACUCUCACCUCCUCCUUCCUGCAGUUGUCUGUGUGGGUGGCUUUAGGUGCUCAGCCCAUUCCAGGAAGAUUGUUGCUGUGGCCAGGAUUUAGCAUUGAUUAGGAAGGUAUCUGUAGGAAGGUCCCAGGUAUGUGGUAAUAGUCACUGUCACUGCCACAGUGACUGUGAUAGGAGAGCUGUUUCCCAAAGUGUGGGGCCAGGGAAAGAGGGCCAGCACUGGGCCACAGAAACCCCUAUGCAUUCAUGGACCAGUGUUGCUCCCAGUUUGGUUUCUAGAGCGUGAGUGUCUUGAACCUCGACCCAGUGCUUUGUGCCAGGCCAGAGUCUAUGCUGUGCCAGAUGCUAACAGCAAAGCCCUCGGUUAGCCUUGUGUGCCAGCACUGGAUCCAACCAAUGAGGGAAGGAAGAGACCAUGCACCCUGCAGACUGGGGGAAAUCUCAGAACUGGAGCCCACUACAAAUCCAGGUGCCUUACGUGGGGCUCUAUCCCAUAUGCUGCUGGGGAAGGCUGCCUCACCCUCAUUUCCUUCCCAUCUGCGGGCAGACAUCAGCACUGCCUGCUGUCCUCCUCUUUCUCAUCGUGGCUCCUCUAGCCAUUGUUCCUGUCGAGCUUCAGAAACCCCCAUCUGUGACAGAAGCCCAAUCGGGAGAGUUUCUACUAUUUGAUAUUUAAUUAGCAACUAGGAUGUGGUUUCUGGAGCUGCCCAGAGCUCUGCUCAGUAGAGUGUGUCUUGGAAAUGCGUCCCAGGGCAGACGGUGUCAUUGUACACUGUGGAUUCUUAUCCUCAGUAUUUGCUUUUUUGAGGAGGAACAGCAGGCAGAGGAGGCAGGCACUCUGGGUGGAAGAGUGCUGGGUCCUCUUCCCCACUGACUUGCCUUAGUCUCCAUGGGGACCGUUUUUAGGCCAAGUGCUCAAGCUGCCCAGUAGGACAGGGUUUGCCAUCUUCUGCAACUGGAGGUCUGGUGUUCUUUACCUGAGACUGGAUUCUUAUGUCUAGCUGCUCAGGAAAUCUUGAGAAGCACCACCACUCUGGGGCAUUAACCAGGGUGAGUUUGAAAGUCAAGCUUUUGUACCUGAAUUGGGCAGAGAAUUGGAAGGCAUACUUUCUCUGAAAGUAUCUGAACCAAUCAAAAGUUUAAUCAGCACAGGAGGCCAUGUUAGGAAGGAAUCUGGACUGCUGAUGGCCGUUAUCUUGUGGGUGAUACAAUGGGAGGGAAAGAGCCCCUGCACAGAAGGCCAUGCUCUCUUUUCAGAGCUGGCAUCUGAGAGACAGCUCCUGGGGGGCCCACUUGGUGCCACAGGGCCUGCUUCCACUCCUGUUUUGCUCUUUUCCCUCUGCCUUGGAACCGCCUGGGAGAGAACCUCUCUUUUCCUGUGAAGCCUUUGGGCUGAGAUUCCCUUCUUGCUUCUCCAAAGAAGAUCCUGGUUUAUUUUACUCUGUGUUCUAAAGAAUAAGUGGGAAAUAACACUAGUAGUUUUGGGCUAAAGUCGGCUAUCCUCUCCUUAUGUGUUAACUCCAGGUUAUCUUGCAGAGAAGGUAGUUUUCAGGGGCAUAUAGGAUUUCCUGAAGACAGCCAUCAUUGUUGGGCCAUCUGAAUCCCAAAUAAGGGCAGUGAUUUGGGAAUGUUGGGUCUAACAUAAACUGGUGAUUCUUGAAAUGGCCGUGACUGGGGAAUCUUCAACUUAUUUUUUUAGUUGAAGUGGAUCUCAUUUGUGGAGUGGAUACAAUAAGCUGUGUCUAAUGUACAAAUAGGGUGAGUCUUGCCUUAGUAUGUUCUGCCACCCUGGUAGGCUCCCAGGGUACUCCUUUUCCUCUGUAAAGUCACUUUCUUCUGGUGGCCAUUGUCACCAGGAGGUUUGUGGGGUAGAGGCUGUCUGUCCUAGAAAUCAGCACAGACGCUGUGCCAGUGCAUGAGGAUUCCUGAUGCAGAGGGUGCUGCUGUACCUGUGUGGGAGCCUAAUCAUGAGCUGUUAUGUUACAUUCCAUGUGAUAGACCGUCUCAGCCACAGAAGGACCUGCUGGAGGUGAAUUUAUCCCUUGUUUUACAAGGAUCAUGUAACAUUAUUGAAGUUGUGAAAGUAUUUUUUCCCUUGUAAAUCUAUUUUUUCACAGAAUAUAA